AUUGCAAACUGUGCGUUAAACGUCCUAUUGGUCCCUAUAGCGAUUAUUGGGAACGCUUUAGUGUUGGGUGCCAUUUUAAGAACCACGUCGCUCCACUCACCAUCAAUGGUAUUUAUUGGAAAUCUAGCCAUCACAGAUCUUAUUGUUGGACUGAUGAUUCAGCCAUUGUACAUUACCAGUAUUUUGCUCACAGAUGUCCCCAUCCUCAAAACUGUCGUGGAAAUAACGGCCUAUCCGAUGUGCGGUGUUUCACUGUGUACUUUAACAGUCAUAAGUGUUGACAGAUUUAUGGCCUUACACUAUCACAUGCAGUAUAGCACUUUGCUGACAACAUCUCGAGCUGUACGUAUUGCAGUGAUUAUAUUCUGCAUCAUCUAUCUCGCAAGUGCCAUUUUAUACUUUUUGAACAAAACUGUGUUUUUAUUCGUCGCCGCCUUAGUCAUUUGUCUUUGUUUUCUAAUAUCAAUCAUUUCUUACAUCCAAAUUUAUCGAAUCGUUCGUCGACAUAAACAUCAAAUUCACGCCCAGCAAUUGAUAGUUCAAGGUACAAAUGCUCCUACGAACUGGAGCCUCAUGAUUCAGCUCAAGAAAAGCGCAUUGAACACAUUUAUGUUCUACAUCGUUACCAUUCUCUGUUAUAUACCUGUGGUUGCUUCUUUAUGUGUUUACAGUUUGUCUUUUAACAACUGGACAAAGUCAUGGAACUUCGCUGAUACUCUAGCAUUCAUGAACUCAUCUUUAAAUCCAUUUUUGUUUUGUUGGCGUCUUAACGGGCUUCGAUCAGCAGUCGUAAAUAUGACAAGGCAGAAGUUAUGUUGCUAACAAUUUUCAUGUAAUUAUCGUCGGGCUUCUGGGAAUUUCUGAACGAUGUUGUUUAUACCAGUUCAAGUCCAUUAUAAACAUACAAAUUUGGCAAAUAAAUAAAAAAAAACAAGUAAACUGUUGUAAACACUGAAUCAGUGGUUACUCUGUACUGACACGUUGAUGGGUGUGCAGCACUUAAAAACAUCAUAUACAGAGGAGAUGUCGUAACGUCACUUUGCCAUGCAAAAUUUCUGGAUAACAACAAACCAGAAACGUCACUUAAAAAGUGAAUUCGCACGAGUUUGAUCGUAGCACGAGUCAAGUUCGAGCCCGAGUCAAGUUCGAGUCACGAGUCAAGUUCGAGUCAAUUUUUUUUUCACAUUUUUUUUUCCAAUAAUAUCGUUUGACUAUACUGUAAAUAUUAUCGUAGUGAAACUUGUGAUGUGAUUUUGUCAAAUCGACAAAAUAUUACAUGUUAUUUUAUUCCAUUAAAUUUACCUUCCAUCUGAAAUUCACCGAGGCAUUUUACUGAGACUUACUCUACCGAUACUGUUCGUUGUACACUAUUUGUAACUGAUGUGGUUAGGAAGGACUUGAAUUCUCGUAAGGUUUAUAGGUUCGUAAUUUGAAAAAAAUAUAUCAUUAAUUACUAUCUAAAUGCCUAAAGGUAAAUGUGAAUUAAUUUUAAUUUCCGGUAGCGAAGUUUCCCGUAGAAGUAUAAGCGUUCCACCGAAGAAUAACCUAGAAAGUAAAAAUUAAGUUUUGCGUUAUAAACUUAUGUUUUGUAGUCUAAACGUUUAUGCCUGAGGGUAUUAAGCAAUUUUUGACGCCUUCAGUUGCAAAGUGACCAACAUCAUUUUUCCCCUAACAGUUUAAAUACAUUAUAAUAAAACAAAAUGUUACGCGAAUUUACUUGAAAAUGAUCACCCAAGGGAAAAUACCUGCGUAUUUUUAAUAACUUCUCUCAACUCCAAAUAAUUCUUGAAGGUAAGUCUGAAGAAUUUGCAUGAGGAAAUAAAACGUAACCAGCAAACAAAAGACUUAAGAAAGAGUUCAACUCCCACAGGGUUUGUUUAAAACACCCAACAUGGCAGCCGUUUCAUUGUUUUGAAAAACCAAUAUGGCCGCCGUGACGUCAUUUGAAAACGUUCUAUUAAGGCUAAGACGCAGGGUUCAAUUGGGUGCCUGCUCAGGAGUUCAAUCGGACUGAUCUUACUUCAAGUAAAUGCUUGUCUGGGGAAACACCUGACAAACAGCCCUGGUUGGAGCCAUUUCCGGUUACUCGAUGACGGUCACCGAUAAUGGCGUCGGGCCAGGCGACAUCGAGGAAAUAAAAUCUUCCCUACAGGAACGACCAGAUAAAAGCUACACGUGUGUCGUUUAUUGCCCUUGACAUUUCCCUUGUCAUGCUGUUAUUCUUUCUUUUGCGGAAAAUGCAAGUCAAGGUUUCGAAAAUAUUUUGACAAUAAUUUAUGAAGAGAACAAAGAAUAUCCGCUGAGAGCGUGGGGGAGGCUUUGGGAUCUGAUAUCCAGAUAUCGAAAAGCUACUCCUCGUUUUUUUAACCCUGCACUAUUGUUUUCUUGUUUAAUAUAACAUUUAACAAUUAUUAAAUUUGGCUUUCCUACUCAUGUGAUGAAACUUCAUGAAUUUUGCAAAUCAAUGACAAUGUUUGUCACCAAAGCCACAUUAUUCAUUCAAAAUAUUUCCUAAGUCCUUAACAAGUUUACUUCCUUGUAGACUUUCUUAACUUCAAAACUUUGGCCUAGUUUUUGGCACGGUUUCAGGAUAUAAACAGAUGUUUUUUUCUGGCACAUUCCCCUCAAAAAAGGAAAUACGUCUUUCGUAUUCCUGCAUUUCGUUUCGUUCAGUUUCUGUCAGGAAUAUAUUCAGCUAUUUCGUCUUCGGAUAGACGUGAACGCCAUUUUUAGUUUACUAUUGCCUAAGCACCCUCGUUUCCAGGUAAACAUACCAUCGAUCAACCUCGUUUCCAAUUAAAUAAACCAUUGAAUCGAAGGUAUAUUGCACGCAUCUUCCAAAUAUGUUAUAACCGAAGAUGAAAUAGCUGAAUUUCUGACUUAAAUAGGGAAAAUACAAGAAUAAGUAGCAUUCUUCACCCUACUGACGACAGCCGAAUUCAAUAAUUGCUAAUUCAUUUACUUCGUGCUGUGACUACAGAGCGUUAACUCGAAUUCACGUGUAUGGGCAACAGUUGUGAAUUACAACUUACUAAAGAUGUAAAAAAAGCCUUAGAAUUUGAAUACCAAGCACAAUCUUUGUAUUUACUCUCGAAAAAGAACGUCAAGUGCUGUUUAAAAAGCGACCAGGAGUGAAUUAUCUGGUUUAAAAACUCUCGGCUUCGCCUCGAGUUUUUAAACUUGAUAACACCGACUGCGAGUUUUUUUAAACGGCUUCAAAAUCUCUGCUAUAGAUCAACUCAUUCUUGUGCAAAUAUUUAGGUUUGGGGUUAUUUUGGACUAAAAAAAAUGGACGCAAAGUACAGUCGUAUCUUUACCUGAUAUAAAGACACGCGUAAAACAUAAAUUUCUGUUGUUUUUUCUUCAAUUAAUUAUUAAAUAAAUGAGUUUUUGAGAUGCAUGCUUGCUUUGCUUUACCCCGGAGACGCGACGGUUUCCUUGUAAAUGUUAAUUAUUUAGAAUCGGAACAAUUAAUCAAGAAAUCUCUCACUUAACUGUCACUUUUGUAUUUGCCUAAAACUCAAUUAUCAGUGAAAGAACUCAUUGGACAGGGCACCCAAUUCGAUAACCAGUUAUAUACGUUGUAGUAUUUAUAACUUCAAUUAUAACAUCACUGAAUAAUUAUGAGAAAUCGAAAAUUUUUUUGAAAAUUACUUUCGUCGCUUCUAUUGCAUCAGAUAAUAGCUUGUUUAACGGAUGGCAAAUCGCGUACCCCCCCAAAAACCAUAUAAAUGGCAAAUUAAAGACGUAAUGAUCUAUGUUCUAACGCUUAUCCAUUUAACACGGCAUCUUGAAUUUCACUGGAGGAGGCGAUUGGAACAGCUCGGAUCAAACACACGCGACGAUUGUCUUAGUAAACUGUGCGCUUAAUGCGCCACUAAUACUCCUUUCCACUGCUGGCAAUGUGUUAGUGCUGGUGGCUUUAUCGAAAACGUCUUACGUUCACUCAACUUCGGUAAUCAUGCUGGCAAGCCUUGCGUUUUCGGAUCUUCUCGUUGGUCUUCUAGCUCAACCACUUUUUAUUGUGGACGAACUUAAAAGCUUAACAACGCAAGACCCUAUACUUUACCGUCUGUCAGCAAUGAUAGGGUUUUUCGUCGGUGGAGUGUCUCUUGGAACAAUAACAGCCAUUAGUGUGGAUCGCUUCAUGUCUCUUCACUACCACAUGCGAUACGCCAUCAUAGUGACCAACACUCGAGUCAAAUACACCGUAGGAGCAAUCUGGCUGGCCAUUUUCCUCUCUUUAAUAUUUUAUCUUUGGAACAAGUACAUUUUUCACCUUCUUGGAGGUGUCUUUUCCGCUGUAUGUAUUAUAAUUAGCACAAUAUCUUACGUAAAAAUUUAUCAAAUUGUUCGUUAUCAUCAGUCUCAAAUUCACAUUCAGCAUCACACUUUUACAAACACAAAAUUUGAAAGCAAAAUGCGCCUCGCACGAUUGAAGCAAAGUGCAAUGAACACGUUUAUAUUUUACAUUUGUAUGAUUCUGUGUUAUUUUCCACAUUUUGUUUUGCUGAUAAUAUUUGGAACACUGCACAUAGAAUGGAGACCAGAAUGGACCUUUUCUACUACGGCUGUUUUUAUGAACUCAUCCAUCAACCCGAUCUUGUAUUGCUGGCGGCUUUGUGGGCUUAGAAAAGAAAUUCUAGCAAUUAUAAAGGCGAUAAAGCUAUUACCAUCUAUUUAA